AUGCGUUUCAUUGCCGUCUCCAUCGCCGCCCUGGCAUCCGUUGCCACCACCGUCCUCGCCGCCGAGGGCGAGCAGGUCAAGAUAGACGUUACCCAUGCCGUAGAAUGGGAUGAUAAUCUUUUGGAUAUGUGCAUUGGCGAGAAGAGAACUCUCACCAUUCCCCCUGAGUUCGGGUAUGGCGACAGGAACAUGGGCCCUAUUCCAGCAGGCAGCACAUUGAUUUUUGAGACCGAAUUGAUGGAGAUCGAGGGCGUUGCGGCACCCGUAAGCAUCGAGAAAUCCCCAAGCAGCGUAGUAGACGAAGCUACAGAAGGUGUGAAGGCCGCCGUGAAAAGCAAAAUUGCUGAGGCAGCCGAGGCCGCUAUGACUGUCCUUGCUGACACUGAUGGUGAUGAGCAGGAGCACAACGAGUUAUAA